GUCAGUUCCGGCCUGGAUCGGGCUGCGUUAGUUUCCCGUUCGUCCCCGGAUUCCCGGGAAGUCGCUGUGCCAAAGCAGGAAUGGCGUUCGCCCGCAGAGCGUGGGGCCAGGACGCCUCCAGCCACCCCGCGCUUGGCGCGGGGCCCACUGUGAGCCCGUUCCUGAGCCUCCUGCUCUCCAUCUCCGCGGGGCUGUCCGAGGCCGAGCUCGACUCCAUGAAGUUCCUCUGCCACGACAAGAUCACGAAGAGGAGGCGCGAGUCUGUGCGGAGCGGCAGGGAGCUCUUCGAGAUCCUGGUGGAGCAGCAGCACAUUGCCAGCGACAACCUGGACUUCCUUAAGAAGCUCCUCGAGAACAUCCGCAGGGGCGAUUUGGUGUCACAGCUGGAGCAGUUCGAGGAGGAAGGAGGGCUUGGUGCUCCUGGUGAUCAACCAGAUGAGCAGGAAAAACGUCUUCUCAAGGUAGCUAAUGAUGUCAUAUGUGAACACGUUGGGAGGGACUGGAAAAAGCUGCUGCGAGAACUUGGCAUGCCAGAAGUGAAACUGGACAGAAUAGAGGCAGACUAUCAAUUUAAACUGUAUGAGCAGCUUGUCCAGGGACUUCGGGAGUGGCAGAGAUGGAAGGGAAAAGAUGCAAAGGUGGCUGACUUAAUAAAAGCUCUUCGGGGCUGUCACCUGAAUUUGGUGGCAGACUUAGUUGAAGAGAAGAUCUCACAGCUGAACACUGGAGCCAGCUGAAAUCAAUAUCAAAACACUUCCAUGCCCCUCAGAUAUAGAUGAAAAAAGAAGAAGUGCCACCUUCUCUUCUGGACCAAAAUACUUAUCACUGGUUGCUUUUUAUGCCAUUAGUUUAGGUGCCUUAGUAAAUUCAUUUCUGGUCACAGGAAAAUUAACAUGAAAACAGAUUCUUUUCAGGUGACACUUUGUAGCAUGAUGUUUUAGCUUUAAGAUCUUUUAGCUUUUAGAAGACCUGAGCACCAUUUUGUAGAAAUUCUCAUACUUUUGUUCUGCCACCCACCUGAAAAUAUUUGCUUUACUGCAGGUGCUUUUUGAUGCAUCUUGUCUGCAAGUACAUCCAUGGGACACUUCUGACGCAAUGCGAUUUAAAAUUUCAUGGGGAUUUUUUUUUUUGUCUUAUUAUAAACAUAAUGUGAAAGGGAGAAGGAGAGUCUUAGCUGUGUACUGGGCUCUCCUUCUGAGAAGCAUAAUAUAAUUUGCCAAAUGCAUUUGCUCUCUAUCAAAGGACACUAAGAAGACUGUAACCUCAGACCCCAAGACUGCAGUGCAAGAGGGAUAUUAAAUGUUGUGGUGGCUUUUUCUUGGUAAAAAUAGGUUUGAAAAUGAACUGGUUGAAAUCAGUACUAAGUGAUCAUACAUCAUACUGAAGGAAGUGUUCUCCUGAAACUACCAAAGUUCUGUGUCUCUCAGAUGUUUACAGUAGCCUAUUUUGAAAGCCGUGCCUGCUUUAACAUCCUUUGCUAGGAAUUCUUUCCUAACCUCUGUCACAGAGGCUGCUCAUGGUUGCUGGAAGGUGCAGCUCAGCUCUUGGUG